UGGGCUGUCACAGGCAGGUACUCAAGGACAGCUAAGAGUGAGCUCGAGUGCUCUGCUUCCACGAGGGAGAGAAAGGCAGCUACUGAAAGUGCAAGCUGGCAGGAAUCAUGAUAGACCCAAGCAGCACAAAGGAAGCAUUUAAAAAAUGCCAGAGUGCUACAUUCAGUAUUGAUGGCUAUAACUUUACAAUUGACUCUUCAAUGAGGAUGUUCGGCUUGCUUCACAUAGACAUUGUAGCUCUACCAGUCCUUGAAAUCAUACCUGUUACCAGUUGUAGUUCCCAGUUUGCUGGCCAUUCUGAGCGGGCGAUGAUGGUCAUGUCGGCACCGGUGUCCAGCAUCCCUGGGCUCCACCAUGCUCCACUGCCUAUUUCUCAAACACUGCUGGUAGCGCUGCUGAUUCUGGGGUCUUUGGUAGAUGUUAUGAGGGUGUCUGGGUCUAAAUCACAGAACUGCUUGUGGAGCACCAUUAUUGGUGGGCUGACGGGCAACCUCUUCAAGGAAAGGCCAAAGUUGACCAUUAUCAAUGACCCUAGACAUCCUGAAGAAAUUUUAGCAGAUGAACUACUGCCAGUGGACAGCCCUGAAGCAUUGGUGAAAACAUCUUUCAGAUUACAGUCUUUGGUAAAGCAAUUAGAGAGAGGGGAAGCUUCAGUUUUAGAUCUAAAGAAGAAUUUGGAAUAUGCAGCGACUGUUCUUGAGUCAGUAUACAUUGGUGAAACUAGGCGUUUACUGGACACAGAAGAUGAGCUCAGUGAUAUCCAGUCUUACUCUCUGCCCUCAGAGGUCCGUGACUGAUUGGCUUCUACCUUCACACGGCAAAUGGGGAUGAUGCUCAAAAGGACUGAGGAAAAAACCCAGUUAAGGAGUAUUGUCCAUGCAGUGCAAGCUGGGAUAUUUGUGGAAAGAAUGUACAGGCGUACUUCAAAUAUGGUAGGCUUGAGCUACCCACCAGCUGUAAUUGGAGUGCUAAAGAAUGUAGACAAGUGGUCCUUUGAUGUUGCACUAAAUGAUGCCAGUGGGGAUCAUGCACUGAAAUUAAUUUUCUAUGAACUUCUCACACGCUAUGAUCUGAUCAACCAUUUCAAGAUUCCCAUAUCUGCCUUGGUGUCUUUUGUGGAAGCUCUGGAGCUUGGCUACAGUAAACACAAAAAUCCUUAUCACAACCUAAUGCAUGCUGCAGAUGUCUCACAGACAGUCCAUUACUUCCUUUUCAAGACAGGCACUGUGCACUGGCUGACAGAGCUGGAGAUCUUCGCUAUGAUUUUUGCAGCUGCCAUACAUGACUAUGAACACACUGGAACCACCAACAAUUUUCACAUCCAGACAAGGUCGGACUCAGCCAUUCUAUAUAAUGACCGGUCUGUGCUUGAAAAUCAUCACGUUAGUGCGGCAUAUCACCUUUUGCAAGAUGAUGAAGAGAUGAACAUUUUAUCUAAUCUCUCAAAGGAUGAUUGGAGGGAAUUUAGAGCUCUAGUCAUUGAGAUGGUGUUGGCUACUGAUAUGUCCUGUCCCUUCCAACAAAUCAGAGCUAUGGAGAAUGCUUUGCAGCAGCCAGAAGGGUGAGUCAUUUCACAACAUACGAAAGCCUUAUCACUGUUAUUACAUACAGCAGAUAUCAAUCAUCCAGCCAAGGCCUGGGAUCUCCAUCAUCACUGGACUAUGUCUCUACUAGAGGAGUUCUUCAGACAGGGUGACAAGGAAGCAGAGGUAGGGCUGCCCUUCUCUCCUCUGUGUGAUUGGAAAUCUACUAUGGUUGCUCAGUCUCAAAUAGUGGCCAACUGCGUGCUGAAAUUCCUAACGUCUCAAUACACCGCUCAGAAGCAAGGUGCCAUCACAGGCAACUGUAGCUCGUUGGACAGUGCCAAGUGCCUCCUGCAAACUGACAUCAGGAAACAGGCCUGUGUCCCAUGGCCCGAACUGGCCGUCUACCGGCUGAAAUUCCAAACGUCUCUGGAUGCCUCCAAGAGGCAAGGUGGCACCACAGGCAACGGUAGCUGGUUUGAUAGACCAAAGUGCUUCUUGAAAACUGACAUCAGGAUCCUGGCCUGGUCAGUUUUGUUUCUCUGGGAAAAGGCCAUCGUUGUUUACAAGGUUCCAGUGGCCUGCAGCGACCAAGAGACUAGUGAAAUUGCGGAGGUUCCGAAGGCCCGGAGUCGUUGGAUGCCUGCUGAAAUUCCGAACGUCUCAAUAUACCUCCCAGAAUCAAGGUUCCGGUGGCCCGCAGUAGCCAGCUGCCUCCUGAAAUUCCGAACAUCUCAGGAUGCCUCCCAGAUGCAAGGUGCCACCACAGGCAACUGUGUCUGGUUUUACAGUGCCAAUUGCCUCCUGAAAAAUGACAUCAGGAACCUGGCCUGCUGA